UUCAUAGCGUAUUAUCUAGGGAGGCUAUCCGGUCAGUUUGCGUGUGCUGCCCUGAAACAAGCCCAUGGAUAUAUGCCUGCUUUCUACAUUUACGGUCCACUCGGUAUCAUUUGGUCGCUGGUAUGGCUUCUCUCUGUGAAGCCCAACCCGAGUUUGGACGACAACAUCAACACGUCAGAGAGGGACGACAUCAACUCCGGCAAGAACACGGCGCAGGACGGAAGUGACAUCCCGAUGAAGGAAGUUCUGACAGACCGGAACACGGUAUCAUACCUGGCUACUGGCCUGUGUUUUGCCUGGGGUAUGAGUGUACUGUUGAACCACGCACCGCAGUACUUCGCCGAGAAAGUCGCUCUGGACGUCGGAAAGUCACCUUGGCUGCUCUGGACGCUUCCCCUGGUGAUGUCAGGAGGGAUGUUGGCAGCCGGGCCCGGAACUGACAUCGCCAUCUAUAAGGGCGCCAGCACGACCACCACACGUAAAGCUGUGACUGGUUUUGUCGGUGCUUGCGUAUUCUCGUUCGUGAUGGCGAUGGCUUUCACCAAGAGCCAGGCUUACGCGUAUGGAGGGACAGUGGCGUCCAUGGUGAUGAUCGGCAUGGCCAUGGGAGGAGGUUACGGCGUGACGCCAUUGGAUGCCUCGGACCGGUACAGCAGCAUCGUUGUUGGUAUCGGUGUGUCAAUCAACACCGCGCUGUUCCUGGUCAGCCCUGUGGCUGUGAUGGGGCUCAGCGGCCCUGGCGGGUCGGCGAAAAGACAAGUGGAGGCUGUGUCCGGCUGGCGAACAGUCCACAUCGUUACAGCCGUGGUCAUGGGCGUCGCCCCGAUGAUCUACGGCGCUGUAACAGGCGAGGGCGAGAUCUUCAAGGGAUGGGAAUUCAAGAAACCAAAGCUUCCCAAGUGGCUGAAACGUCGCUAAAGCUGACCACAUGUUUCGCUUCCUUCUCGACAACUGGCUAACACAACCACCUAAUCAACAGUGGAUACACACGCUUGAAGAUUAUCCUCUGCUACCAUCAUUAUUUAUAGAGUAUUGUAACUGUGACUCAACAUUCAGAGGGGAAUUACUGACUUACAUGUCAGGGUCAAGGAUUUAAUUUCACUGAAUCAGCAAUAACAGUUUACAGCAACUAGCCCGAGUAAAACCUAUCAGCUAUCCCAAGUACGGAUUUGCCUCUAUAGAGAGGUUUUUAACAUCAAGAUUAUUAUAGGGAACUGCCAAUGAUAAGACGACGUAUUAGCUAUCUUUGAAUUUUACAAGACAGUUUAGGUGCUUCUGGUGCAUAUAUAAAAAGCAUUAAUUUGACGGUGUUUGAUGAUGGAUUUUACGGUUCAUGUACUACUAGCAUAUUUUAUUCAUAGCUCCGCAUGGAUUUUGAUACUUUCCUUUGAACGUAAAAUGGAAACAUCGCCGAAUCAGAUUAGUAAGUUUCAGAGUAAAAUCCAAGAACUGCCAUGUCAUUGGUAACAUAGACUAUAUGUAAUAUUAUAUAGACUAUAUGCCGCUCAAGCAGCGUAGCACAUUCAGUUUUGUAUUAUGAGGUCGAUUUCCUUACCAUCGCGGACGAUGAUUAUUUAUGUUUCCAACAUUCGGUGCUUGGAUGUAGUUUCUUGUAAGUGUACCGGUGCAAAGCAGUGCGGAACAGAAAUAUCUUGGACCAGUGUGCUUCAAAUAAAAAGUGCAUAAUGUAUCUUG